AAUGUGGGCGGGGCGGUGAGGCCGGGCCCAGCCUCCUCCCUGCGCCCAGCCGAGCUGUGUCGGGCAGCGGCUUUAGCGGCUGCGCGCUGAGAGGAGCCGCUCCCAGGCUGGCCGCCCCCUGCGCCCGGGGUCAAUUAUCCACAUUAAUAUUGUUCGGCUUUUUUUUUUGUCUCUACACCUCCAAGACUAUUGUACUCUCUGCCGUGUAGCUUUAUCCUGUUUUUUUCCUGUUUAACUCAGCUGCAAAACACAAGAUCAUGAAGGCUGUAAACCAAGUGGUUCCUUGUUAGAGAUAAUGUUACUGAUAAGAGAAAUAGAGAUUGUUUCUACCUAGUUCUUGAGGUCUCCAGGGUUGUUUAAAUAUGGAUUUAUCUCCCACAACAUAAGCUUGAAAGGUUUAUUUUGACUCUCAGAGGUUAAUACUGAAGUGCCAUUGAUGAAGAGGAGCUACUUGACAGUUGCCUUUGAGGGGUUGAAUUGUGCAGCAUCUUUUACGCAGGAGGUACACUGGAGACCCAUUUGUUUUCAUCCUUGACAUUGUUUCCACCUGGGUUAUGGCAGAAUUCUGAUACAAAAGCAAAAACACAUGGGAGGAACAAUUUGGAAUAUAAAGUGAGCAUGGUAGGAUCUUGAACACAAAUUGUUGGAAAAGGAGAGAAGAGGAAGUGAAGGAAUGGCAUCCAGAGAAAGGCUGUAUGAACUUUGGAUGCUUUAUUGUAACAAGAAAGACCCAGAUUAUUUGCAGCUUUGGCUGGACAGUUUUGUUUCUAGCUAUGAACAGUUUCUGGAUGUGGACUUCGAGAAGCUUCCUACUAGGGUGGAUGAUGUACCUCCUGGAAUAUCACUACUUCCUGAUAAUAUUCUGCAGGUCCUGAGGCUUCAGCUGCUACAAUGUGUCCAAAAAAUAUCAGAUGGACUAGAAGAGGGGCAACAAGCUCUCUCACUUUUGCUUGUCAAAUUCUUUAUUAUACUUUGCAGAAAUCUGGCUAAUGUGGAAGAGAUUGGGACUUGCUCCUACAUUAACCAUAUCAUCACCAUGACUACACUCUACAUUCAGCAGUUAAAAAGUAAAACAAAAGAGAAAGAAGUGGCAGAUCAGUCGCCUGUAGAAGAGUUUGUAAGACAUGCAUUGGCUUUUUGUGAAAGUCUCUAUGAUCCGUAUCGAAAUUGGAGGCAGCAAAUUGCAGGGCGACUCUUGAGUAGUGUUGAAAAGAGCAGACAGAAAUAUAAACCAGCCUCCCUCACAGUGGAAUUCAUCCCUUUCUUUUACCAAUGCUUUCAAGAAAGUGAACAUCUCAAGGAAAGCCUCAAGUGUUGCCUGCUACAUCUCUUUGGAGCCAUUGUGGCUGGUGGACAGAGAAAUGCUCUUCAAGCCAUAUCUCCUGCCACCAUGGAAGUCUUGAUGCGUGUUUUGGCAGACUGUGACACUUGGGAUGAUAGGGAUCCUGAGGAAGUGAGCAGGAAGGCAGAGCUGACUCUUAAGUGCCUGACAGAAGUAGUGCAUAUCCUUCUCACCAGUAGUUCAGACCAGCGGCAAGUGGAGACCAGUACCAUACUGGAGAACUACUUCAAGUUGCUUAAUUCAGACCAUUCAGCAUUGCCUAACUCCAGGAGAUCCAGGCAGUGGGAGAAUAGGUUCAUUGCACUACAAAUCCAAAUGCUGAACGCCAUCACAGCCAUGUUAGACUGCACUGAUAGGCCUGUUCUGCAGGCCAUUUUCCUUAACAGUAACUGCUUUGAGCAUCUCAUCCGAUUGCUGCAGAACUGCAAGCUGUUUUUAAAUGCUAACAAUAAGGUGGCAGACAAGAGUGAAAAAGACCUUGCCAACAAAUUACUGACCGAAAUGAAUGGGGACCAGGUGUUUCAGGGACAACUAGACUGCUUGGCAGUAUCCACCAUUCAAGCCCUUACAGCAGUGUUGCACAAAUCUCCAGCUGCGAAGGAGGUCUUUAAAGAGCGGAUUGGUUAUGCACAUAUCUAUGAAGUACUAAAAUCUCUGGGUCAGCCCUCGCGAGAGUUGCUAGAAGAACUUAUGAAUAUGGCUGCUGAAGGUGAUCACGUGUCCGUUGGAAUUUUGGGCAUUAGUAAUGUCCAGCCCUUAUUGCUGCUUAUCCAGUGGCUUCCAGAGCUAGAAUCACAUGACCUGCAGAUCUUCAUCUCAAAUUGGUUGAAGCGAAUCUGCUGUAUUAACAGGCAGAGUCGUGCCACGUGUGUCAAUGCAAACAUGGUCAUCCGCAUCAUUGAGACAUUAAACUUCCACUCUUCACUCCAUCGCACUUGUGCAGAGAACCUGAUUGCCCUCCAGGGUUCUUUGGGAAGUCAGUCGAUGAGCUCUGAAGAAUUGCAUCGACUAAUGCGACUCUUGAGGACUAAUGAACCAAAGCAGUCUCACCCUUACGUCAUCCCUGUGAUGCGUGCAAUUCUGGCAAUGGCUCGGAAGCAAGGCCUGGACAGUGCCAUGCAAUAUUUCAACUUGUCCCCCAGCAUGGCAGGAAUUGCUGUGCCACCUAUUCACAAAUGGCCAGGGUCUGCAUUUUCCUUCAAUGCUUGGCUAUGCCUAGACCAGGACCAAGUUACACCUGACAUCACCAGCAAGGGAGGAGGCAAGAGGAAGCAACUAUACAGCUUUUUUACAGGAAGUGGGAUGGGUUUCGAGGCCUUCAUUACCUGCUCUGGAGCACUGGUGGUUGCAGUUUGCACAAAGAGAGAAUAUGCAACAGUGAUGCUGCCAGACCAUUGUUUUUGUGAUUCCCUCUGGCACAACAUAACUAUUGUUCAUAUGCCUGGAAAGAGGCCCUUUGGUCAAAGCUUUGUCUACAUCUACGUCAAUGGACAACAGAAGAUCUCUGCCCCACUUAGAUUUCCUGCCAUGAAUGAACCUUUUACUUCUUGCUGCAUUGGUUCAGCUGGUCAGAGGACAACCACUCCUCCACCAUCUCAGAUACCGGACCCACCCUUCUCCUCCCCGAUUACGCCUCAUCGAACAUCUCUAGGUGGCAUUCUCUCUCCAGCCAGUUGGGGCGGACUGCUUGGGAAAUCAGAGUUGGUCACCAAGUUGAUCUCCGCGGGUACCCAGGACAGUGAAUGGGGAUGUCCAACAUCACUGGAGGGCCAGCUUGGCUCAGUUAUCAUCUUCCACGAAGCCCUGCAGCCUGCUCAGGUGAAAGCUUUAUAUUUGGCAGGCCCAAACUGUUUAACUCCGUGGAAAUCCCAAGAGUCUGAAGUGGCAGACCUGCCCAGUAAAGUGCUGCUUCACUAUACACCCAAGGCCUGCAGAAACCCAAUCUGCCUUGACCUGUCUACAAAUCUUUUACAUGGAAGACUAACUGGAAACAAAGUAGUGAACUGGGACAUCAAGGACAUGAUAAAUUGUAUUGGUGGAUUGAAUGUGCUGUUUCCACUACUGGAGCAGAUCAGUUUUCUCAAUGGACAGGUGCCUGAGAGGUCUGAAGGGGAAACUAUACCUCAGGAACUAGUGACUCCAAUAGAGGGAGACUGGGUGGUGUUAUCAUCCACAAAGGCUUCAGAGGCUCGUCUAGAGAAGAAUAUUGUUGCAACUUUCAUCUUGAUGAUAAAGCACUUUAUUCAAAGACACCCUAUUAACCAAGAUAAUCUCAUUCACUCCCAUGGAGUUGCUACCCUAGGCGCCUUGCUACAGAAGGUGCCAGGGAGCUUGAUGGAUGUGAAUGUACUGAUGGCUCUGCAGUUACUGAUAGAACAGGUCUCUGUGGAAAAAAAUGUGCAACUUUUGCAACAGAUGCAUCAACAUUUACUUUUUGACUUUAGGAUCUGGAACCGUGGAGACUUCCCCUUCCGGAUUGGACAUAUACAGUACCUUUCCACAAUCAUCAAAGACAGCAGGAGGCUUUUCAGAAAGAAGUAUGGAGUUCAGUUUCUACUAGACACACUCAGGAUUUAUUAUGGUAGUGGCUAUAAAGACAGUGACUUAACUCCAGAUGACCUCAGAACAAUACAGACAUUCCUAUAUGGACUGAUCAAAUAUUUCCUAAGCAAAGGUGGGACACAUGAAGAAAUACAGAGCAUCAUGGGAUAUAUAGCUGUGACCAGUGAAGAGGAACAGCUCUGUGGGAUUCUUGAUGUACUCUUCAGCCUACUUCAUACCAGCCCAACCCGGGACCAGCUUUUCUUGUUGCUUUUUGAACCAGGAAAUGCUGAUAUCCUCUAUGCUCUGUUACUGAAUCAGAGAUAUUCUGACAGGCUAAGGGAACUUGUAUUCAAGAUUGUAGAGCAGAUGCUGAAAUGUACUAAAGUCUAUGAACGGAGUAAACAACGUAUAAGACUCAGAGAAGUGGGAUACUCUGGGCUAGGGCUCCUUCUGAAUGAAUCUCCAGUUACCAUUUCUCUUAUUAAAAAUCUUCUUAACCAAAUUCUGUAUACAGAUCCUGUUGUGAAUUACAGAGACCUCACAGCUGUGGUGCACUUGUCUCAUAGAGCAGAUAUAAAUGUUAGAGUGGCCAUCUGCAAAAAGGUUUUACAGCUUUUACAUUCCCAGCCGGAUGCAGCACAGCAGAUUGCUCAACAGCUAGCCUGGCAGGAGACAUUGGUUAGACUAUUCCUAAAAGAAAACUCCGACAUCAGGAAUAGACUUAAAGAGAGCAGGACUGACUCUACAAAGGAAGAUGAAAAAAAAAUUCCUGCUGAAGAGCUUCAGAAAUGCUAUCCUGAUCAGGCAGAGGAGGGGAAAGCUAGUAGCUUUACCUCAGUUAAUGGUUCAUACGAUCAGUGGAGUGUGGAAGACAGCAAAUCUUUAGAUGUCACCACCUGUUUUUCUGGUACAUUGCUGGAAGGUACUUCUGUUGAAGAGAUGACUUCCAGGUCAGAGGAUCAAGAAGAGUUAUGGCACAGUAAUCCUUCACAUUUGCAUUUAGAUCUGUCUAGCAUGGACUCUUAUGAGCUGGCUGAUAGUGGGAAUCAAAUGACAGAUAGCAUGCCCAGCACACCGUCACCCAUUGAAAAUUCGAAGCCAUUCUCUGGUCAGCCUGACAAAGAAUCAAGUAUCAUCGAUGAUAUGGGAUUCAGUGUUGAUCUUUCGUUAUUUGAAAACCAAGGAGGAUCUGAAGAGGAGCUCAUACAGUUGCUCACAGAUGUCCUGCUCUGUGUGAUGUGGAAAGGUUUAGAAAGGUUUGAUGAUGCUGUCUGGAUUGAGAGGGGGCAGGUGUUUUCUGCACUGACCAAACUGGGGAUAUCUAAUGAGUUACUACAACCUUCUGAUGAAAUAAAACUCAACUUGCUAGAGAAGAUGCUGGAAUGGACCGUCACUGAUAACAGAGACGCAAAAGCUCUUCCAACACAUGCUGAAAAUGCCUUCCGGCUCUUGCUCAUCGUACAGGACUUUCUACAGGCAGAAGGGCUGGUUAAUUCAAACUUAUGGACAGAAAAGCUUUUAGAAGAGCUGGUGACACUCAUUGACAGCCUGUCACUCUGGUACUCUGCUGGCCCAGAAUGGAUCAAGCUCUCCCAAGUGCAGGUCCAGUUGCUCCUUGGAUUCAUUGGACAAGAUAACUUACAGGUUUGUGCUAUGGCAGCAGCCAAGCUAAACACCCUUCUUCAGACCAAAGUAAUUGAAAGCCAAGCUGAGGCAUGCUACCUCUUGGGGAAGUUGGAAGGCAUCCUGAGUAGAUCAAUCAAAGAGAAGACAGAAACAUACGCAUUCUUGAUUCCCCUUGUUCGAACACUGGUAUCCAAAGUUUACCAACUUCUCUUCAUGAACCUGCACCUACCCUCACUGCCUCUCACCAAUGGCAGUCCCUCUUUCUUUGAGGACUUCCGGGAGUAUUGCAGCUCAGAUGAAUGGCAAGUUUAUAUUGAUAAAUAUAUUAUUCCAUAUAUGAAACAGUAUGAAGUCAAUACAUUCAGUGAUGGUCAUGAGCGUAUGGCACUUUAUUGGAAGGACUGUUAUGAGGCAUUAAUGGUGAAUAUGCAUAAGCGAGACAGAGAACGAGGAGAAAGCAAGCUCAAAUUUCAGGAGUGUUUUGUGGAGCCAUUUAACCGAAAGGCACGCCAGGAGAACCUGCGUUACAACAGCAUGCUAAAACAGCUUAAUAGUCUACACACCGCUACUCUGAGGCAGUGGAGAGCAGCCCAACUUUAUCUGACUUGUGAACAGGGCCCCUGGGCUGAAAGGAAACAGAAUCCCAUUCACUGGAAACUUUCAAAUGUGGAAAACUACUCACGUAUGAGGUUAAAACUAGUGCAAAAUUACAAUUUCAACUCCCAUCAGGAGGCCAGUGACCUGAGAGACAAUUUAGGGAUGCAGCAGACACAGCCAUCUAGUGAGUCACUGCUCCUGGAGGUGGUGAAGCAAGUGAAAGUUAAUGACAUGGAGGAUGAUAUACUUGAACUGCCAGAAGAGGACACAACUGCUGGUGCAAGCAUGGAUGAAAAGGAGGAGCAGGGUCAGAAAGAAAAAUUGGUACUGUCUGAAGAAUGUGAACUCAUUACGCUAAUUGAUGUAAUACCUGGCAGACUGGAGGUCACUACCCAGCACAUCUGCUUCUAUGAUGGCAGCAUUGAAAAAGAGGAAGGAGUAGGUUUUGAUUUCAAAUGGUCCCUUUAUCAAAUUCGAGAGAUACACUUGCGCCGAUACAACUUGAGGCGGUCAGCCUUGGAGAUCUUCCUCACUGAUCAGACCAACUACUUCCUUAACUUCAAUAAGGAGGUGAGAAAUAAAGUGUACAGUCGAAUCUUGUCCCUCCGUUCUCCAAAUAUUUAUGGGACCAGAUCUCCACAGGAACUGUUUAAAGCUUCAGGCUUGAUGCAGAAAUGGGUGAACAGAGAGAUAUCAAACUUUGACUAUCUCAUUCAAUUGAACACCAUGGCGGGACGAACUUACAAUGACCUUGCCCAAUAUCCUGUGUUUCCUUGGGUCCUGCAAGAUUACAUGUCAGAAGAGUUGGACUUGAAUAAUCCUGCUGUCUUUAGGGAUCUAUCCAAACCCAUUGGGGUGGUGAAUGAAAAGAAUGCCAAAGCUGUGCAAGAAAAAUAUGAGAAUUUUGAGGAUCCUCUUGGAACGAUUGACAAGUUUCACUAUGGUACUCACUACUCAAAUGCUGCUGGUGUCAUGCAUUAUCUCAUUCGAGUAGAGCCUUUCACCACACUACAUAUCCAGCUUCAGAGUGGCAGGUUUGACUGUGCAGAUCGGCAGUUCCAUUCCAUUCCUGCAACAUGGCAAGCCCUUAUGGAUAACCCAAAUGAUGUGAAGGAGCUUAUCCCAGAGUUCUUCUACUUCCCAGAGUUCUUGGAGAAUCAAAAUAAGUUUAACUUGGGUCAGCUACAGCUCUCCAAAGAGGUAGUGAAUGAUGUUGUUCUCCCAAAAUGGGCCAAGUCACCUGAAGAUUUCAUUUGUAAACACAGGAAAGCACUGGAGUCUGAGUAUGUCUCUGCUCAUCUCCAUGAAUGGAUAGAUCUGAUUUUUGGCUACAAACAGAGGGGACCAGCUGCUGUGGAGGCACUCAAUGUGUUCUAUUACUGUACUUAUGAAGGAGCUGUGGAUUUAGAUGCCUUAACAGAUGAGAAGGAAAGGAAAGCUUUAGAAGGGAUGAUUAACAAUUUUGGACAAACACCCUGUCAGCUGCUGAAGGAGCCUCAUCCUGUGAGAUUAUCCGCAGAGGAAGUAGUACAGAGACAGACCAAAAGUGACAGCUCAACCCUGAAUCUGUUCCAGCAUCUCCCUGAACUUAAGUCAUUCUUCGUAGAGGGUAUCAGUGAUGGUGUUCCCAUCGUCAAGGCUGUUGUUCCCAGGAACCAGUCACGUUCCUUUAUGUCUCAAGGGAGUCCAGAGAUCCUGGUGACAGCAAGUCUGAACUGCAUUAUUGGAACCCACGGGUGGCUACCAUAUGAUAGAAAUAUCUCCAACUAUUUUACGUUCAUCAGAGAUCCAACUGUGACAAAUCCCAAAACCCAACGUAGCAUAAGUGGUCCGUUCGCUCCAGGGCUAGAGAUCACCGCUAAACUGUUUGUAGUGUCCCAUGAUGCAAAGUUGCUGUUCAGUGGAGGGCAUUGGGACAAUAGCAUCAGAGUGACAUCGCUCACAAAAGGCAAAUUAAUUGGACAGCAUGUCAGACACAUGGAUAUUGUGACCUGUUUGGCUAUAGAUUUCUGUGGAAUCCAUUUAAUUUCAGGUUCCAGAGACACAACAUGUAUGAUAUGGCAAAUAGUUCAGCAAGGAGGAGUUCCUGUAGGCCUGGCACCUAAACCCUUGCAGAUUCUGUAUGGACAUACUGAUGAGGUAUCCAGCGUUAGCAUCAGCACUGAACUGGACAUGGUGGUGUCUGGAGCCAGGGAUAGCACUGUGAUUAUUCAUACUAUUCAGAAAGGUCAGUACAUGAGGACUUUGCGACCACCUUGUGAGAGUUCCCUUCUGCUGACUGUUCCCAACCUGGCUGUAUCCUGGGAAGGACACAUAGUUGUCCACACCAGUAUAGAAGGAAAGACUACUCUCAAGGAUAAGAAUGCAUUACAUCUCUAUUCUGUGAACGGGAAAUAUUUGGGCUCUGAGAGUCUAAAGGAGGAAGUGUCAGAUAUGUGUGUGACUGGCGAAUAUAUCGUGAUGGGGAGCCUACAGGGAUUCCUUUCCAUACGAGAUCUCUACAGCCUGAAUCUCAGCAUCUCCCCCUUAGCCAUGCGACUGCCGAUUCACUGCAUUUCUGUUACCAAAGAAUACAGCCACAUCCUUGUAGGCUUGGAGGAUGGCAAGUUGAUUGUCGUUGGUGUUGGCAAGCCAGCUGAGAUGCGCUCAGGUCAGCUUUCCCGAAAGCUGUGGGGAUCAAGCAAACGGCUCAGCCAGAUUUCUUCAGGAGAGACUGAAUAUAACACUCAAGAUUCCAAGUGAUUGCUGCUUCUGAAUUCUCUCAUGGAUUCCAGAAAUUUGUUUAGUCUUUUGGUCACUCUAAACAUAUCUCUCAACUUUCUGAUGAGUGUUUCAGGGACUUAUCCUUGACAGUCAGUUGAAGACCAACAUAUGGUAGAGGUACAGUAAUUUUCAUAUGCACACAUGCAAAUUAGCCCACAAUUGGUUUUAUUACUUUUUUCCUAAUCACAUUGAUUUGAUAGCAGUGGAACUCUGUCUAGAUUAUGUGCUGGAACGUAGUUUCAGAAAAAGACCUGUAAGUGCGUUAAACCACAGAUGAUAUCAUAUACAGGUGAAUAAUGCUAGAUGUUCCUCUCUUGCCUGGAAGAUAUUAACUCAAAUUCAAGGAAAAUAUCCCAUUCUCAUUUACAUCUUUGUAAUUCCAGGAUAAUAUACAGAAAAUUCCUUCAAUUUGCAGAUAUACUGAUAAAAUUGGGACAGUUGAGAGUUAUGACUUCAGAUAUAUUCUUCCGACCAAUCAGCUUGCUGUGUACUACUGUAAAUGAUUAUAAAUAAUCCUCUAUUGCGUGGCUCCGGAGGAAAUCCCUUUUAGACUGUUCUGCAGGAAGCACCUCAAUGGCAGUACUUGAUUGUCAGAAAUUGUUUAACUGAAGAACAACAAUGAAUUAUAACCUCAUAGGAAUUGGAAUAAGGUGAAUAUUUGCUGCAGAACAUUCUUUGUCGUUUGGCAUAGCAACACUCACAUUUAGAAAUCCCUUACAAGUUUUAAGGCCUCGUAUUAAUACAGAGGGAAUGAGAAUCACAUUUCCAUGUCUGUCAAGAUUGAGUUGUUCUGUUUCAUUAAUAGUAUAAUUACUGCAAACCAAAAUGUCUAAUUUCUAAUUAAGAUGACCUGAAAAACUUUGCAUCAUAAUUUACAUUUAGCAUAUCUUGUUUCUUGGCUCUGUAUUUGUCAAACAAGUAACCUGGUUUAGCCAUAUUCAUAUUGCCGGAAAAGUAAGUAGAAAAAUCCAGGUACAUAUGAGGGAGAGGAAGACAUCACAGCCCUGCGUAUACUGUAAACAACAAAAAUAGUACUCAAAAGCUCAAGUACUCCUGGGAAAACCUUGCCUUCAGGGCAAAGGGUUAUUUUUUUUAGGUGGGAAUAUGACUCUAUGUAAAUAGAGGAAAAUAUUGUUCCUUUACAUCUUUUGUGGAAGUGGUAGUAAUUGAAAACAAGAUGUCUCUGUAGCCAAUGCAGAUACAGAAUUGAUUUAGUUAAUAUUUCUCAGACACCUCUCCCCUCUUCUUCCUUAUUUUAUUACUUAUGGAAGUGAGUAUGUGUUGUAUCUUUUCUAAAUAGUGUCAGAUUUCCCCUAGGAUUGGGGAGGAGUUGAACUACCGGAGGCACCCCAUACGGUGCAAUCUAAAUUCAUGCACUUUUAGCGCGAUAUUUCUUGAUUAUCUAAAGAAGUAGUUAUCACUCUUUUCAAGGCACAUUUUUUCUUAAAUCAGCUUCCCCUUCUUAAUUUCAUAAAGAAAAUAAUGACCCGAUAUCAUGCUUUUAUACACUGAAUAUUUUAAUGACCUUAUUACUAACUAAUCUAAAACGUAUUGUGUUGCUUGUUUUAACCAUUACUUUCAAAUUAUAUCUGAUCAGUGAACAAAUUAGAUGAGAUUAUGUAUAACUAGAACACUAAUCACUGUGACAGAUCAAAUCAUCUGGAAAUUAGGGGGAAAUGGAAAGAUUUCUCUGUGGCACUUGUCAGUAUGAUAUUUAACCCCGUUUCUCUUGGUCACUCAUUCCCUCCCCCCCCCACCUCCCCACUUUGCAAUGAGUUAUGGACAUGGGAAGAAAGUCUACAUGAAAAAAAAAAGAAAUUAACUGGUUACUGAUACAAUAACAAUACCAAGGAUACUCUGGAAGUAUUAAGUGUAUGUGAAUGUGAAGUAGGUUUGUCUAUUGUAAUUUCACAAGUAAGAGAUUUUGAAGAGUUAUUGAGACAGAAGUUUAGAAGAAUCACAGUUUUGAACGUGUGAUUUUAUGAGAGUUAAGAGGGGUUAUAAUGAAUUUUCAAAUGAAUUUGCUUGGGGGUAGUGUGGGUGAUGGUUUUAUAACUGUACAUUUAAGAUCUUAAAUGUGUAUAUUUGGAAUUUUUUAAAAUUGCAAGACUGUUUGACGAGCAGAAUCAAAGUGGAGACAUUUAGAAAGUUAAUGUUCUGUGUGAUGCUUGGCCAGAACAUAAGUCUUUCUGUUGUCAUUUGUGCAGAGAGGUUCACUUGUAAGUUUUUGAAAGAAUCUUUAUUUGUAUUAGGUAUUUUAUGCAAAAGUUUUAAUUUUUGAACUGGUGAAAAUUUUAGCAUUUGUAUCCAUGUAAGAAAAUAAGGGAAACUGGUCAACCUCCACAAAAUGUAAUGUGGGUUUAGAAAUUGGAGAGAUGCCGGCAUUUGUAUUAAUGAUAAUCUGAAUAUAUAACACUUUAAUCCAAUGAUUUUGGUGCUUUACCAGCAUUAGUUAAGCCUCACGAAUGUUAGCUACUGGUAUAAAUUAGAGCUGCCCUCAUAAUGCUCUGUCUUGGCACUAAGGGACCAACCCUUCACAAAGCAGCAGCAAGAUCAUGGGAGUACAAAGGUGAGUGUUAAAUCACAUUCACACACUACUUGCACUUUGUGCAGAUUGGCCAUAGCUGAGCAUCUGGUCCCUUGAGAAUGAAAGGUGCUACUUACAUUUCAACUUGUCUUUUCGUGCACCAGCAGCAGUCAAUUUUUUUAACUACUCAGUAAUGUCUGUCUGCAAGCUAUACUUUGCUUAAUUUGUAAAAGGAAGCUGUAAAUAAAAGAUGUAGUUUGUAUGUGAGAGCUAUAAGUAAGGAAGAAUUUAGCUGGUGUUCCACUUGUUUUUAACUUAUUUUCUUUCAAUUUUUCUUGAAUUAAUUAUACAGGUUUUUUUUUUGUGGUUGUCUGAGUUGUGGCUGGUUUGCAGUCCACACAGAGCCGUGGACACGGAAUUAGUGCACUGCACUUCUUCUAAGAUUUAAAUUUUUACUUUUGAUGACUCUUCAAGGUAAUAGUGCUCUUGGAUACCAUCCCCUCUGCUCUUCUCAUAGAGGAAAAAUAGUUAUAAAAUACAAGUUCUCUUUAGUCUUUUUACACUACAAUUUAUUUAUUUAACUUUGUUUUAGAAAGUAAAGCUGUGACAUGACGCAGUUCUGACUAUGAAUUCAGAUCAGGCUAGUCUGAAUACAUAGUUGCUUUGUAACGCUAAGAAUUUUUCAAGGCCCUUUUGUAGGUGUUCUGUCUUUUGUUUAACCAUUGGAGGCCACAGUGAUAUCUAUAGAAACUAAAAAAUAUUGCUUACCUGUGAGGUGGACUUAAAAGAAAAGUUAAGUCAGCACUGUAAACAUAUGUAUUUUUAAAAAAAAGCUGAAUAUUGACUCAUCUCUUCCUAGUAAUUUAUAAACUGGAUUCAACAGUUAGCAGUAUUCAGUAACUUCCACUUACAGUUUGGGGAAGUGCUUAGAAUAAUUUUGGCACCUUAGAGACUAACCAAUUUAUUUGAGCAUAAGCUUUCGUGAGCUACAGCUCACGAAAGCUUAUGCUCAGAUAAAUUGGUUAGUCUCUAAGGUGCCACAAGUACUCCUUUUCUUUUUGCGAAUACAGACUAAUACAGCUGCUGCUCUGAAACCUAGAAUAAUUUUGUUUCCAAUAAAAUUUUUGUUGAUUAUCAAUGUUACCGAUUAAUGUUGCAAGCCUCAGUGGUGGUAAUUAUUUUUGGUUGUCUUAUUUUUAUGUACUGUGAAGAAUUAUCUAAUAUCAUAGUAAGUGUUCAUUUGGGAAUUGCCAGCAUUCAAAGAGUUAUAUGCUCCUUGUCCAAGUUAAGGGCAAAAAAAGUACGUGGGUAAUAUUGCAUCAGUAUAUUCUUUAUUUUCUGUGUAUCAUACUCAUCUUGUGCAAUCUUUGAAACUUUAUCUUUUCCAUCAUCCACCUAUCUUCCCACCCUCAGCACAUACACAAAAAAACCCUGUUUAAACAAUCUUUUUCCUCUUAUUUAAAAUGUUUGUGGAGGGGGGGGCCUUAAUUCAGAAAGCACCCAGUAAGAUCUUUGAUUAAUCUAGAUCAUAGAAUCAUAGAAUAUAAGGGUUGGAAGGGACCCCAGAAGGUCAUCUAGUCCAACCCCCUGCUCAAAGCAGGACCAAUUCCCAGUUAAAUCAUCCCAGCCAGGGCUUUGUCAAGCCUGACCUUAAAAACCUCUAAGGAAGGAGAUUCUACCACCUCCCUAGGUAACGCAUUCCAGUGUUUCACCACCCUCUUAGUGAAAAAGUUUUUCCUAAUAUCCAAUCUAAACCUCCCCCACUGCAGCUUGAGACCAUUACUCCUCGUUCUGUCAUCUGCUACCAUUGAGAACAGUCUAGAUCCAUCCUCUUUGGAACCCCCUUUCAGGUAGUUGAAAGCAGCUAUCAAAUCCCCCCUCAUUCUUCUCUUCUGCAGGCUAAACAAUCCCAGCUCCCUCAGCCUCUCCUCAUAACUCAUGUGUUCCAGCCCCCUAAUCCUUUUUUGUUGCCCUUCGCUGGACUCUCUCCAAUUUAUCCACAUCCUUCUGGAAGUGUGGGGCCCAAAACUGGACACAGUACUCCAGAUGAGGCCUCACCAAUGUCGAAUAGAGGGGAACGAUCACGUCCCUCGAUCUGCUCGCUAUGCCCCUACUUAUACAUCCCAAAAUGCCAUUGGCCUUCUUGGCAACAAGGGCACACUGCUGACUCAUAUCCAGCUUCUCGUCCACUGUCACCCCUAGGUCCUAUAAAUCAUUACAACCUGUCAUGGGAGCACUUGAUUAAGUAGCUUUCUUGUAUUUACAUCUCAGACUAGUGGAUCUUAAUUAUUUGUUACAUAGCCACCCAUGACUACACUUCUACAAAGAAUGACAGACUCAAUAAAAUGGAUAUUCAUCUAUGCAAAGUUUUUCUUCAAUACCUGCUUUAACUACAAAUAUUAUAAUUUUUUUAAUUUAAAUGGCAUAUGGGCUUUUAAGUAGCCUACUGAAUUGACUAUUUUGAUAAGGAGCCUCUUUAAUGUCUUAAAAAUCAGAGUUCUCCUACAGUGCAAAGGAUUAAAACAAUAGAAUUCCAUCCCCUUUAAAAAAAAAAAAAAAAAAUUCCCACAAUCUAGGAAGGGAUAGCCAGUGAGUUAUCUCCCAUUACUCUGGGUUAAGAUAGUUGUGUCUUAAUAGAAUUCAGUGGGUGUUGGCCAUCUAACUCCCUUAGGCUCUGAUGAAAAUCCUACCCAUUAGCUAUAUAUGGAAUCUCAAGUAAGAACAUUUAAAGAUAUCAUCCACUAGAAAAAGAUUUCAUCUUGUAGGUUACUUAGUUGAAGAAGUAUGUUUGUUUAUGGACUACAGUAUUGUAGAGAGUUUGAGACUAGGUUAAAUUUUUUUCUUCUGAAGGGGUAUAUUAAAAAUCUGAUCUUUUAUUUGGAGGAAAUGCUAAGACACUCUAUUAAAUAUACUGUUAGGCCUGAUCCUGUGGAACAGCUGAAGGCCCUAAUUCUGGAAAGCACUCAAGUGUUGUUCCGGAGGGGAAUGCUUUCCUGAACCAGUUCAUUGAGCUUACUACUAUGACAGCAAUGGAACGACUCGCAGUUGUGAGCACUACAUCUGUUCAUAGGAUUGGGCAUAUAGAUUCUGUAAACAUCCAAUUAAAUUCUACAAAUCAGUAAUCUUGAACAAAUCUAUAAUCUCAGAUUUGAUUAACAGAAUGCACUAACUAUACGCUGAAAUGUUAAUAGUUCUACACUAGCUCAGUAUUAAGAGGGUUAAGAAGUUUGUCGAAGAGGCGAUUCUUAGAUCAUUUACACUUCACAAUACUGCUAUGGAGUAAUGGUGCAAACUGGGCUAUUUUUAAUCCAUUUUAUUGAGUCUGUCAUUCUUUGUAGAAGUGUAGUCAUGGGUGGCUAUGUAACAAAUAAUUAAGAUCCACUAGUCUGAGAUGUAAAUACAAGAAAGCUACUUAAUCAAGUGCUCCCAUGACAGGUUGUAAUGAUUUAUAGAUGUAGUUUUAAAAUAAUUUCUUCUGCUGAAUCUCAAGAGUUGCAUUCAGUAUUAAAGUGAACUUCCUCCCUUGUUUUGGUGGUAGAGUUUUCCAAUACCCAUCUGUAUGUAGCCUCUUCGGAGGCCCACACCUGAACCAAAUGGAGGCAAUACAGGUGGGGAGUUCAGUGGGUGAGUCUAUGCAUUCUGAGGAACCCAGUCUCACUCUGUAGUCCUUGCCUCUUCUAAUAACCCUUGUUAGCCCACUCUUCCAAAGGCUGCAGGUCCCCUGCCAGGCUACUGCAAUUCAAACUAGGUAGCAGGAACUGUACAGCUAGUACAAUAGGGUUGACCCCUUCCGUUGGAGCCUAAGCACCUUUCCUUCAAAGCACCUUAGCAUCACUGACCUCGGGACUGAGUCGAAGAAAGCAAGAUAACCUAAAAGGUGUAUUUUGUCCAUCCCAAGAUGACAGUCCAGAAUUGUUCCUUGCACUAAAUGUAGGGUGCUUGGUGUAGCUUACUUUUAAAUGUGUCAGGUGCUAGGGUUUUCAUUUCUACUCUUGGAAAUAGGUCUACAGUCUAAUAAACCUGAUGCUUGAGGAAUUAUUGCUGAUAUUUAAUCUAGACUUUCCUUUGUUCAAUUUCAUCUCCCACAGAGCUGUAUCCCCUUGGAAUACUGGAGGUGUUUUCUUUGAUACCUGAGCCUUUCACAUACUAUAUUUAAUUGCCAAACUGUUCAUGUAUGGUUAUUUCAGUCUUUCCUCAGAACCCAGGUCCUCUAGCUCUAUUCAUGCGUUGCUUCUGUCUGGACUCUUAGACAUUUCUGGUCUCAAAUUUGAAUGCUCUGUGGGGUAUUGCGACUAGUGUAUAGAAAUCCUACUGGCUCUUUCUGAUAUUGCAAACUCAUGUCUAAUCUACUGUCCACUAUUUCUAGCCAUCCUUCCAAAAUGCUGGGCAGGAAGGGUCUCCUGUUCCAAUUGUAUUUCCAAACUAUGGGUGAGGAUAGAUAUAGGGUUUCCAGUUUUAAAAUAUGACCUCACCCAAGCAAGAGCGUGAGAUUAAAUAUCCAAUAAAAUUUACAAUUGGGGAGGGAGUAGCAGAGGUCAAUGUUUUUAAUAUAACAAGGAAAAUUUUCAAAUACCAAUAAUGAAUUUUUAUUCCUAAACUGAAACCAUCAUUUGCCUAGAAACAAACCCUUAAAACCAGAAAUCCCAUGUGCAUCUAAGUAGGAGUAUUUUCUUUAGUCAUUAACAAAUGAGCUGUGUUCAGUAGUAUCCUAACUUAAAUGAAGUAAUUUCAGGGACUCAAGUAAUGAAAGCUUGCCUCGUGUUCUGCUCCUGUAAUGAGCUCUGCAGGAGCAGUCCAGGCAUUGCUCAGUGAAGGGUUGGGGCCACAGUGUCUGAAAAGAGCCACCCUCUCUGAGCAAUUUCUUGGAGAUAGUGCUGCUACUUAAAACAAAGUUUUCUUAAAGAGUUUUUAGAGUGGAAAAUGAGACUCACUAAGGUGUGCCUCAGCAUUUGCUUAAAUCACUAUAACUUUUGGUGGAAACAGAACACUAAGCCUUAUUGAUAGUGUGACAAUUAACCAUCUCUUAAUUCUAGUAAUUAUGAUUGUGCAAUUAUAUGAUUACAAAUGGAUUUAAUGCCAAAAAUGCCUUUAAAUAAACUCAAAUUUUAGUUAGUUGAAACUAGAUAUAUUGAACACUAAUAGCCUUCUGGCAGUAUAAUGAAUUUGCUGUUAGUCUUCUGUGCAAUACCUUCAUCCCUUCUGGGUGCUUUUAAGGUUUCGUAUAUACUGUUUGUCUUAUUUUAAUAUGUGUUAUGUUCCAAUGGCUAAGUUUUAAUAAUUUUAAGUGUGUAUAUUGGCUAAUGUUGGAUUUGUUUCUGUACAGCAUGAUGGAAGAUGUUUUAAAAUUUUGCACUUUUUUCUAGUAUUUGCAAAUUUGUAAUCUAAAUUUUUUAAAUGCACACUUAUUUUGUACAUAAUGAUUAUUAAAUUAGCUUUGUAUAUAACAGCUGGGGCUGGAGCAAAUAAAUAAUAAUCAGA